AUAUUAAGAAGACUACUUGUGAAGAGAAAUUUCCCUUGUUCACAAAGUGACAAAAAAAUCAAACACUUCGCUCCCACUGAUAAUGGGAAACAAACUGCAAAAACUAGGCAAAAAUCAAUCAGAACAAAACCAAGAACACAAAUUGCAAGUGACAGAAUUACCAGAUGAACCUCAAAAUUUCACCUGCGAAAUUUGUAUCGAGCCUAUGUUGUUAACCAACAGAAAAUUCAAGAACCAAAAUCUCUGUGUUCAUCCAUUCUGUACCGAUUGUAUCAUUAAGUAUAUUACCGUCAAGCUUGAGGACAACAUUGGCAACAUUCUAUGUCCUUCUCUGAAUUGUAACCAGCUUUUGGACCCCAUAUCGUGUCGAAAUCUUGUCGGCCCCGAGCUGUUUGUUAAAUGGUGCGACGUGUUAUGUGAAUCCGCUGUUUAGGGUUGGCUCAGUGUUACUGCCCAAAUCAGAAUUGUUCGGCUUUGAUUUUGGACGAGUGUGGUGGGAAUGCGAAACAUUCCAAGUGUCCAAAUUGCAAGAUGUUAUUUUGCUUUAAGUGCAAGCUUCCAUGGCACGCUUGGUUACGCUGUGGGGAAGUUAACGACGUCGCUUUUCGUGUGCUUGCUAAGCGUAAUAAGUGGAAGAGGUGUCCUCGGUGUCGCUACUUCGUUGAACGUAUUCAAGGUUGCAAAAUUGUCGGCUGUAGGUGUGGUGUCCUUUUCUGCUACAACUGCGGCAGACGAGUUAAUGGACACUCGUGUGAUUGUGUUUCUCCGUUCUUCAAAUUUACCAUGGAAUUUCUGGUUCCUUUUGUUAUUAUCCUAGUUUUGUUUUUCCUCAUGUGGAUC